GAGGGCUGGAAAGGGCCGUGGAGGACGGGCGGCGGAGGGGUCGGCUGCGGACCCGGCCAUGAGUCGUGGGCCGCGGAGUCCGCCCUGGCUACUGUUCCUGCUGCUGCUGCCGCCCCCGGGCACGUGGGGACACGGCGGCAGCGCGAGGCCGAGGGAGGGGGCCGAGGAGGCGGGCUCGGCCGGGUGCUGGCCGGCCUUCCAGGGCCUGCGGGAGCGGCUGAGGGCGGCCGGCGCCCUCUGCAGACGCUACUGGGCUCUCUUCAGCUGCCGCGUGUGGCCCGAGGGAUGCAGGCAGGAUGAGGAGGCGCCAGCGCGGCCCCUGGGCUGGAGCCUUCCCCUGUUGGGCCAGCAGUACUUGGAUAUCCUGACCACCUGGUACUGCAGCUUCCAGGACUGUUGUGACAGUGGGGACUGCAGGAUCAUCAAUAACUUCACAGGCCUAGAGGCGGACCUGCGCGUGCGCCUGCACGGCCAGCACCUGGCCCGGGAGCUGGUCCUGACAGCAGCCAGAGGCUACUUGGAGCUGCCCCGGCCAGACAAGGCCCUGGCUCUGUCGUUCCACGGCUGGUCUGGCACAGGCAAGAACUUCGUGGCGCGGAUGCUGGCAGAGAACCUGUACCGGGACGGGCUGAGGAGCGACUGUGUCAAGGUGUUCAUCGCCACGUUGCACUUCCCUCACCACAAGUAUGUGGACCUGUACCAGGAGCAGCUGGCAGGCCAGAUCAGGAAGACGCAGGAGCACUGCCACCAGACCCUGUUCAUUUUAGAUGAGGCUGAGAAGCUGCACUCAGGACUGCUAGAGGCCCUCAGGCCACACCUGGAACGCCAGACCCCCGAGAACCCGAGGGCCAAGUCCCCGAGAACCAUCUUUCUUUUUCUCAGUAACCUUGGGGGCAAUAUCAUCAAUGAGGUAGUCCUGAACCUGCUUAAGGCUGGGUGGUCCCGGGAAGAAAUUGGGAUGGAGCACUUGGAGCCCCAACUCCAGGCUGAGAUUGUGGAAUCCACAGACAGUGGCUUUGGACACAGCUGUCUGGUGAAGGAAAACCUGAUUGACUUCUUCAUCCCCUUCCUGCCACUGGAGUACCGCCACGUGAGGCUGUGUGCACGUGAUGCUUUCCUGAGCCAGGAGCUCCUGUAUACGGAAGAGGCACUAGAUGAAAUCGCCAAGAUGAUGGUGUACAUCCCCAAGGAGGAACAACUCUUCUCUUCUCAGGGAUGCAAAUCUAUUUCCCAGAGAAUUAACUAUUUCCUGCCUUGAGGCUAGAUGGAAACUUCCCAAAGCUGCCUUCCUUCCACUAAUACGAUCCUGGGGCCUGUCAGCACACUGUCCAGGACGUAACGGGUUGGAGGGGCAGGCUAGCAUCCAGCAGCCACGAGCACAAGUGGUGUGUAAAAGGGAGGCCUUAAAUCAGAGACAGAGCCAAUUCUUAAAAUCACUUGGUGCCUUACAGAGCCACAUUCCAAAAUGUGGGCCAGCCGGUUGGAGAAAGUCAUGUGGGAGAUAAAUCCCAAGGAUUUAUUAGCAUAUCAGCUCCUGCCUGCAGAUGCCUGGACGUGGGUGUUGGGCCUGAGGCUGCAGUAUCCUCGGUGACAGGGAAGGGAAAAGGGAACUUCUGCUUCCCAGCGGCAGGACCUGGGUGGGUUAGCUUUCAAGUUGUUAUUCCCAGAGGGAAGCUGAUCAGCUUCUAUCUGUGAGAUCAGGAAAGAGCCUCAGGCUGAAGGAAAAAGUGCACAGAGGAAGAUUUUUUCUUUUUUAAAAUCAGGUCAGUGUAGGCUAAGCCUUGUUCUGCUCUGCAGAUUUAAAUCAAUUAAAAUUAAAGAAUUUUUUAAAGUUAGGGACCUUGACAUGAUUGUAUCAUAUGUAAAGAUUAAAAUUUUGUAUUUUUCUAAAA